UACCAAUACUAAUCAUCAUAAUCAAUAAAUUUGUUUCCACGUAGCCAAAUCCGACCGAAAUAGCCAACAACGAUACAACAAUCAGACCCCAGAAGAAGAAAGGAGGAGGACGACGAGCAGAGGAUGGGCAGACAACCGCACAGAGAGUUCUAUUAAUUUCGAUCGCUCUGAAUCUGAUCCUCCCAACUGAAUCAUAUUGUGUGUGGAACAGUCGUAAACCCUUUUCCCCAUCGUCAUCUCCCGUCCUUGAGAAGCGUGCCUUCUGCUUACUUGACCCACCACCAAAAAACAAAGAGAGAGAAAAAAAGGUUUCGAUCUUUUCGUGAUUUCCCCUGCUUCAGAGCCAAACAGAGCCGGAAGAAACAUGGAGGAACAAAGAGGGAUGACGACGGCUGCCCAGCGUCGCAUGAGGGCUAUUCGAGAUCACCUCAGCGGUGAUUCUCCGUCGACGACGGCUCAGCUGGUUCAGAGCCCCACCGCCGGCGAGUUUUUCUCAGAGCAGGGUUACAGUGUAGUGCUUCCCGAGAAACUGCAGACUGGCAAGUGGAAUGUUUACAAAUCUGCUAGGUCUCCUUUGAAGCUUGUAUCUAGAUUCCCUGAUCACCCCGAAAUCGGCACAUUGCAUGAUAACUUUGUGCAUGCGAUUGAGACAUUUUGAGACUACAAGUACCUUGGGACGCGAAUUCGAGUCGAUGGAAUUGUUGGGGAUUACAAAUGGAUGACAUUUGGAGAAGCAGGCACAGCAAGAAUAGCUAUAGGGUCCGGCCUAAUGAAUCAUGGAAUUGAGAAGGGUGCUCGUGUUGGAUUGUACUUUAUCAACAGACCAGAAUGGAUUAUUGUUGACCAUGCCUGCUCUGCAUACUCUUAUAUAUCAGUUCCGUUAUACGACACUCUCGGCCCGGAUGUUGUCAAGUACAUUGUAAAUCAUGCUGUUGUACAAGCUAUAUUUUGUGUGCCUGAAACACUGAAUUCUUUGCUGAGCUUUAUGUCCAAGAUUCCAUCUGUCCGUGUUAUUGUGGUUGUUGGGGGGAUCGAUGAUCAAGUGCCUUCUCUUCCAUCAUCAACUGGAGUUCAGGUUGUAACCUAUUCAAAACUGCUCACCCAGGGUACCAGUAAACUUCACCCUUUUUGCUCGCCAAGACCAGAAGAUACUGCUACGAUCUGCUACACAAGUGGCACCACCGGGACACCAAAGGGGGUUGUACUGAGCCACGAAAAUUUGAUUGCUAAUGUGGCUGGCUCCACGUUAACCACCAACUUCUACCCAUCAGAUGCUUACAUAUCAUAUCUACCUUUUGGCACACAUUUACGAGCUGGUAAAUCAGGUCUUGACGGCGCAUUUCGGAGUAGCUGUAGGAUUCUACCAAGGGGAUAACUUGAAACUGAUGGAUGAUCUGGCUGCACUUAGACCUACCAUAUUCUGCAGUGUCCCUCGACUGUUCAAUAGAAUAUAUGCGGGUAUUACCAACAUCGUGAAGAGUUCUGGUGGACUAAGAGAGAGGCUAUUCAAUGCUGCAUACAAUGCCAAAAAGCAGGCCUUACAGAAUGGCAAGAAUGCAUCUCCGAUGUGGGACAGAUUGGUGUUCAACAAGAUCCGAGAUAAACUUGGGGGACGAGUUCGGUAUUUUGUCUCGGGAGCUUCACCAUUGUCUCCUGAUGUCUUGGAGUUCAUGAAGAUCUGCUUUGGCGGAGAAGUUCUUGAAGGAUAUGGAAUGACAGAAACUUCAUGCGUCAUUAGCGUUAUAGAUUUAGGUGACAAUCAAGUAGGGCACGUUGGCUCUCCUAAUCCAGCUUGUGGUGAGUUUGUCCAUUUUGCAGAAGUGAAGCUUGAGGAUGUUCCAGAAAGUGAUAAGCCCUAUCCACGUGGCGAAAUAUGUGUGAGGGGUCCCAUCGUCUUCCAAGGCUACUAUAAAGACGAAACUCAAACGAGAGAAGUGAUCGAUGGAGAAGGUUGGCUACACACUGGAGAUAUUGGACUAUGGUUACCAGGAGGACGUCUGAAGAUCAUUGACAGAAAAAAGAACAUUUUCAAGCUAGCACAAGGAGAGUACAUAGCUCCUGAGAAGAUAGAGAAUGUCUAUGCCAAGUGCAGAUUUGUUGCUCAGUGCUUCAUCUAUGGUGAUAGCUUCAACUCUUCUUUGGUAGCUGUUGUUGCUGUUGACCAAGACGUGUUGAGAGAUUGGGUUGCCUCUCAAGGCAUCAAGGUUAGACUUCAAAAUAAGAUUCUCCUCUGAAUGCCCAUUUUAUCUAAGACUGAUUCGUCGGUAUAAAUUUCAGUUUGACAACUUGGAGCAACUAUGCAAUGAUCCACGAACAAAAGCAGUUGUGUUGUCAGACAUGGAUGCUAUUGGAAGAGAAGCUCAGCUUCGAGGGUUUGAGUAUGCGAAAGCUGUGAUGUUGGUGGGGGAACCGUUUACAUUGGAGAAUGGGCUUCUCACCCCAACAUUUAAGAUUAAGAGAGCUCAAGCAAAGGAAUACUUCCAGAGUGCCAUAACAGAAAUGUACCAAGGGCUUGUUGCAUCUGAAACGCCUGCUAAGUCGGCAUUGUGA